GUGGCUACACAUUUUUCAAGGUCUGAAGGAGUUAUAAAUGGUCUCUUUAUCCUGGGCCUUCGUCCAGAUCACCAAGAUGAAAACCCUCCAAACUUUCUUCAUGUUGGCUUCUAGCCUGUCCAUCGUGAUGAUGGACCCAGACUACAGGUCACUGUUGGGCUUAAGGGAUAUGAUCAUCUGCAAGAUCCCUAGCAGCUGGCCUCUGCUGGACUAUGGAGACUAUGGCUGUUACUGUGGAAAGGGAGGCGCUGGGACAGCCGUGGAUGACUUGGACAGGUGUUGCCAGACCCAUGACCACUGCUAUCACCAAGCCAAGAACCUUGAGGCCUGCUGGCCUGUUUUGGAAAACCCUUAUACCCUACCCUAUUCCUACAGCUGUGACAAGGCAAACAAGACUAUCACCUGCAAAGAGUCCAACACUGUCUGCGAGAUGUUUAUUUGUGAAUGCGACAAGCAUGCAGCCAUGUGCUUCGCUGGGGCGGGCUACAACAAGGAGCACCACAACAUGAACCAAGAGCUCUGCAAGUGAGCCAGUCAGCAGCUCCAUCUCAUCACAGCUUGUAUGUCAGUCCUUUUCAUGAGACCCUUGCAUGCAACCAUUGAGCUAUAAAGAAAUAAAUAUGCAAUGAUUCAUACAAAAAUACAAAUGCUGUCAUCUGAGUUUGACCUGGAGAAAUGUGAGGACACCGUGCAGAGCUCAUGCUGUGUCCUCUCUCUCCCUGGAUGCUGUAUGUAUGCUUAUGCACAAUGUGCUCACUUAUUAUAAACUAUUAUGCCAAUAAACCAUCCUUUACCAUCAGGCUAAGCUGAUGGACAUAUUUUACAGUAUCAAUCAGGCACCUAAUCAGGUAGC